AUGGCAAUGCUUAUUCCCACCGUAUUGGCAGUAUGCCUCGGACUCCUGGUCUAUGCGCUGGCACGCCUGCGGUUCGCCCGCAUGACACAAUAUGCGCACCUCCCGGGGCCAGCGACAUCUCUCUUAUGGGGGCAUAUCAGACUUAUGGUCCAAUUGCUCCGACCAGAUCCCUCGAAGCACUUUCAAUACGCAAUCCACGAUCUGAUUAAACGCCAACCGGAUACCACGGGCCUGAUGCUCCUCGAUCUGCGCCCCGCGUUCUACCCCAUCGCCGUCAUCUACUCGCACGACCUAGCCGAACAGAUCAGCAGGGCAACGCCGCAGUUCAAGUACAGCGUGCCCAAGGCGCCGCUGCAGGAUAUGAUUGGGCAUGUCAUCGGGCGCGACUCGUUCCUGGUGUCGAAUGGUGAGGCGUGGAGAGACACGCGCAGGAUGUUCAAUGCGGCGUUUGCCCCGAGUCAUCUGGCCAGCUUUUUCCCGUCGAUUCUCGAGAAGGUCCAGACGUUUCUGCGAGCUCUGGAUGGGCAUGCCAACUCGGGGGAUGAGUUUAACCUGGGUGAGCGGUGCACGCUGCUUACAUUUGAUGUCAUUGGCCAAGUGAUCCUGAAUAUCGACCUGCACACCCAAGGAGAGGAGUCGGAGCAGCAUGAAGUCGUCCGCUGCUUCUUGGAGCUCCUCGCAGACCUCCCUUGGCUGCCACAGGUGCAAUGGCUGCUCAGUCCGCGCAAGUACCGCCGGCGGAUGAAGAUCACCGCAGCGAUCGAGACUUCGCUCCGCUCCAUCAUCCAGGAGAAAUUCGACAAGCUGCGCGAGAAGCCGGAGCCGUCGGUGUCCGACCAAAGCGUGCUAUCCCUAGCACUACAGGGCGUCGACUCGCUAACCCCCCAGACAAUCCAGACAACCAUCGACUCGAUCCGCACGUUCCUGUUCGCCGGGUACGAUACAGCCUCCGUCUUACUCCAGUGGGCCCUCUACGAGCUUUCGCGCACCCCACGCGCCCUGGCAGCGCUCCGCACAGAGCUCGAUGACAUCCUCGGCCCAACCGCCGACCCAGCUCCCACAGCAGCCGCGAUCAUUGCCGACGCCGCAAAACUCAACCAAAUGGUCUACCUCACGGCCGUGAUAAAGGAGACCCUCCGCCUGCACCCACCAGCCGGAACAUCCCGCUUCGUGGCACCAGGAUCAAACUUCACCUUGCAAACACCCGACGGCCCCCUAGCCGUCGACGGGGCAAUUCUAUAUCAGAACCACUUCUCCAUCCACCGGGAUCCGACCGUCUACGACGCAGCGGAGGUUUGGGUCCCGGAGCGCUGGCUGCAGGGCAGCGGCGAGGGCUUCGCGCCCGGUGCGUGGCGGCCGUUUGAGCGGGGCCCGCGCGCGUGCAUUGGGCAGGAGCUGGCGAUGCUGGAGGCCAGGCUUGUGCUUGCCAUGGCGGUGCGGCGGUAUGAUUUCGUCAAGGUUGGGCUUGGGGCGGCGGAUGGUGGCGCAGGGGCAGGGAGGGUGGAUGGGCAUGGGCAGUAUGUGAGUGCGGAGGCGUUGUACGAUACCUUUAACAUGUCGGCCAAGCCGGUGGAUGGGACGCGGAUGAGGGUCCGAUUCCACGAGGAGUAG